CAUCGGGCAAUAAAACGACGGUCAGUUUUAAAUUGGCCAGAACGACAUAGUAAAACAUGUCGUUUUAACAGACACUACCUUCCAAGUUUUCACAAUCUUUCUCAGCGCUAUAGUACGUGAGCGAAGAUGAUGAAGAGGAAGAGAGAAGAGAAGAACGACUGUAUGGAUAUCGUAUGGCAAACCCCAGCAAACCCCCCGCUACCGCAAGACUAUAUUUUUCGAAACGGGAUUCGAUUCGUUAGACCUUACUACUUCGAAUUCAUCGCUCAUGUGAAAAAUCGAUGGGCUGGUAAAACCAUUGUAGAUUUGUUUGCUGAGGAGUUUAAAGGUCGACCUUAUGAAUAUUAUGUUAGUGCAGUGAAAUGUGGAAGGAUUCAAGUUGAUGGUGAAAUGGUGCCGGUUUCGUAUGUAGUUAGAUCAUCUCAAAAGAUAAGCCAUUUUUUACACAGGCAUGAACCACCUGUGAUGGCUUGUGAGGUUCCUAUUCUUCUAAAAGAAGCAGAUGUGCUAACUGUUUGUAAGCCGGCAUCUGUCCCUGUUCAUCCAUGUGGUCAAUAUCGUAAGAACACUGUUGUUGGCAUCCUUCAAGCAGAGCAUGGACUGGCGCCUCUGUUUCCUAUCCAUCGACUGGAUCGCCUUGUCUCUGGGCUCCUUAUUAUAGCCAGAAAUGCUACAAAAGCUGACAGUUUUAGGCAGGAGAUUGAAGCUGGCUUAGUCAAGAAACAGUAUAUUGCAAAAGUAGUUGGAGAAUUUCCCGAGGAUGAGCUUACUAUUGAUGCCAAUAUAGACUAUAAUGCUCGAGAAGGAAGGAGCACAGCAGAGGUCAGAGACUCUGCAAAAGGGAAGGUUUCCUCUACUAAAUUUACUCGGAUUAGUAGCAAUGGUACUCAUAGUAUUGUCUUAUGUGAACCAGUCACUGGCCGCACCCAUCAGAUACGCGUCCAUUUACAGUAUUCUGGACACCCAAUAGCCAAUGACAUGUUGUACAUCUCAGAAAAACCUGCUGAUCGAUCUAUUAAUGGGUCAACUGCUGAUAGAUCGGCUCGCAUAUCUGAUGUUUCUUUGACAUCAAAUUUUGAUGAAAAAAUGGCCAACGAAUGUCAAGAAAAUUCCAACGAGGAUUUUAGCCUUGAUCCCAUGUGUACGAAUUGUCCAAAUUUGGCUCCGAAAGGAUAUGAUGUUGAUGAAGAAGGUUUGUGGUUACAUUGUAUGCGGUACUCUGGACCUGGAUGGACGUAUGAAUGCCCAUAUCCUGUUUGGGCAAAACUUUAGCUAGAUGCUGCUGAAAUAUAUUUUUCUUGGGCACUGCAAACAAAUAUACAAACAACACUUUAUCCAACUAUUCAACCCAUUACAACUUUGGUUGAUCCCAAGAUAUAUAUACGCCAUGCAAGUUUUUCUUAUCUCAGCUUAUGCAGGUCUGUGAGCUGGUUAUAUAGUCUUGCUAUUAUCCAGGCACACUGGAGAGGAAAUAGAAUAUAGUCCUUAUUAUUCUUUAUUCCCUUUCAUAGUGAGGGAUAGAAUAUAAAGAUGAGACAUUUUCUAUUUAAAGAUGAUCGUACGCAUUUGCAUUUUGAGGUAACGGGUGGAAUAAAGAAAGAUUUCAAGUUUUACAAGGAAUACAUUGAACAAGUACAUGUACUCUGGAGCUUAUGAACCAAUUUCAAAAACAGGAUACGGUGUUUGUGAUUGUCACAUUUUUUCUUUUUUUGUAUAACUGUCCAUCUUAAGUUUGUUUUGUCAGGAUUAGUUAGGGAACAUGAAGUGUUACCUAAAAGAAUUUUAUUAAUAAUAUUAGGUGUUUAAAUCUA